AUGGUGGUCUGCAAGUUCUACGAGCAGGGGAACUGCAGGUAUGGAACUCUGCCGUACAUGCUGUCGAAGGAAACAAUCGAGAAGGACCUGACCUCUGAACAACCACAAUGGAUUCUGUCAGCGUACGGACCGGGAAGGGACGCCCCGGAGCAGCUGUUCGGCGGACCGAUGCGCGAGCAGAGCUUUGAGGAGAUGAGGCUUCACCAUGUCAUGGCGACGGCCUCGGGCAACCCACAACAAGCGCUCAAUCAAGCGCAAGAGCUGUACCAGCAAGCACAGCAGCAGAUGAAGACCGCGGUCGGAAAUCUGGACGGCGCGAUCCAAUUCCUCAUCUCUGCCGAGCAGAAACACCCGAAUCGAGUCGAUAUCUGCAAACAAGGAACGUUACCAGGCGGAACGACGGGAGAGUUUGCGGUUGGCAAGAGGGCAACCGGUUUGCUCGGCCAGGCGAACCCCUUCGGGUCUGGGGCAUCUUCCGGAGCGUCCGCGAAUCCGUUCUCUUCUGGUGGCCAACAAUCAUCAACCUUCGGUAGCGGAGCUUCGACGACAGGUAGUGCCUUUGGUCAAGCAUCCGCCCUUGGGCAGAAGCCGAACCCCUUUGGCGGGGGAGCCGCCGCACCUGCCUUUGGCCAGCCUUCGCAACCGACAUCAUCUUUCGGCCAAGCAUCGUCAACACCGGCAUUCGGUCAACCGUCUCAGCCGACGUCGGCCUUUGGCAGCGGCGCGCAGAGCUCAACCCCAGCAUUUGGCCAGCCGUCGCAGCCUUCAUCGGCUUUUGGACAGCCUAGUGCUCUUGGAGGAGGGACGUCAGCGUUUGGUCAAGCAUCAGCGCUUGGCCAAAAGCCGAAUCCGUUUGGAAGCGGUGGUGCCUUCGGACAGCCUGCCCAGUCUAGCGGAACAGCUACCAGCGCGUUCGGUCAACCUUCACAGCCUGCCGCAUCUGGUAGCGCAUUCGGUCAACCGUCACAGCCUGGGGUUUCCGGCAGCGCAUUCGGCCAACCUUCACAGCCUGGGGCUUCUGGCAGCGCGUUCGGACAACCAUCCGCACUUGGAGGUGGGGGAAGCGCCUUUGGCCAGGCAAGCGCACUGGGGCAGAAAGCGAAUCCUUUCGGAGGCGGCGGUGCGUUUGGUAGUGCCAGUGGGAGUACUACCAAUGCCAGUCCGUUUGGACAGGCGGCGGCGAACACCAACAACGCGAGCAGCCCUUUCGGACAACCAGCGCAGAAUGCGACUCAAAAUGCGAGUCCUUUUGGGGCUCCAUCGCAGCCAACGCAAAGCGCGUUUGGCCAGCCAUCUCAGCCCGGAGCAGCGGCCAGUCCCUUUGGUCAACCAUCCCAAACCUCUCAACCGGCGGCUGCCAACCCGUUUGGACAACCAUCGCAGACCCCGGCGGCCUCCAACCCAUUUGGCGCGAAACAAGAUGCGCCAGCAAGUGGCGGCAUGGACGCACAGCCGACACAACCAACAAGUGCCUUUGGUCAGCCUUCUCAACCACAAGCAGCUGCCAAUCCCUUCGGACAAGCCAAGCCUGCCUUUGGUCAGCCAACAGGACUUGGAGGAGCAGCGCAGGCAAACCCAUUCGGUACACAACCUGCAGCCCCGGCUGCCCAGCCACAAGCAGCACCUGGAAGCGGGCCGUACCCGCCGGGUAGCUCUAAGCAGCAUCCUCCCGUGUCAAGCUACAGCUCGAAGGGAAUGGACGGGAGGCUAUCAAUGUUCAAGGGCAACCCUGUCGUGUACCAGAAUAAUCUACCCGGUGUGCGCGCGUUAGACGGAGGGUGGAAGCGAGUCUGGUUCCCCGACGGGCCGCCGAAUUACAACAAGGACACGGAGCUUCCUGACGAGGCAUAUGAUGAGAAGUCGAAGUUGCAGUGGCAGGCUUUCACUCAGAAGGGCCAGUUCGAAGGGGGACUCAUGCCCGAGUUGCCACCAAAGAGGGAGUUUUGCCUCUGGGAUAUUUAA